UUUUUUUUUUUUUUUUUUUUUUUUUUUUUUUUUUUCCCCUUCAACACUGAGAAUACAUCCAUGCUUUACCCAUCAAGACAAUAUCCCACCUAGCAGUGAUUUCCUACCCCCACGUUCUUGACGAUAACAUCCACCUGUACCCCAGGAUGGUGGCGUGUUCCUCCGAUAGACCACCACUCACCAUAGUCCCAGACCGAGUCGCAGUUAUACAGGAGAGCAUUCGCCGCAUGGGCAAUCCAGGAGAAGCCGGUGGGAGUGGUCCAGCUCGAGUUGCCCUAGAGUUUUGUGGUUUUAUUCCAAGAUGGUGGCGGGACCGGGCACCUUCAUCAGGUAGUCGAUGUUCCGCUUCGUAUAAGGGAUGUCUGCCUGGUACCGGUGGCAGAGGCACUCGGACCAGUCGCCGUAGCCCUCGGCCGGCUUGUUCUGCUCGGGCCAUUCGAAGCCGUACUCGUAGCCCUUGUGCAUGCAUAGCAUCCAGUCCGGCGGCUUGGGGCAGCCGUGGCACCCGAUCCUGCUGUAGUCUCCCUUGUCUUCCUUUUGUCGCUUGUCGAAGGCGGUGAACGUGUUUGAGAGAGGUCUGACGGCAGGCCCGGCCGGGCUGGCGAGGGAGGCUAUCUCUGUGGCCUCGAAGAAGGCACGCCGCUUUGCGAGCUGUGGGGCAAAGUCGGUCUCGUAGUUUGGGUUGAGGAGGAGAAUCUCGUUCCAGACUUUUUGUACCGUCCCGUUGAGGAUGAUGUGCUCGCCGGGUCGGAUCUCGACUUCGAAGCGAGGCUCUGUCAUGACGAAGCCGGGAGGUGGGAAGACCUGUCAGUGGAAGGAAUCGAGGGCUGGUUGUUAGCUAGGUACUCAAAUAUUCUGAGGUGGUUGCUUGGUUGAAAGCUCAUUGUCAAGCAUUCGCGGGUAGUGAGUUGGUA